UCCUUUUCAGAGAUGACUACAGGCUUCUCUGUUUUUUUUUUUUUUUUUUCUUAGACAAGAGGAAGCAAGGAAAUGAGGUUUGGGGUGGGGCUGUAGUGGAGAGGCAAAAAGAUCAGGGGAAGAUUAAACAGGAAGGAACUUGAGACCAGAUUUAUUUAAAUGUCUGUUUCUCCUCAUGAUUCCUGGAGAGCAUUACACAUGUGUCUCAGCCAGCGCCCUCUGGCCACAGUGACCACAGCACUGGGUUCCCCCACAGCAAUGGGGGGAGGAGGGGCUUCAUACCUGGGCUCUCCCAGUGGCGGGGUGAUGAAUGAAGGGGAAAUCCCCCCUGCUCUGAGUCACCUGUCAGCAAAAGGGGCGGGCCUUACAAUGCUGGAACCUUAAAAAAGGACUCUGGGGCCACAGGAGUUAAAGGACAGGAAGCAGCCGAAGAACCGGAUCUCAGAAUCCAACAACCAAGGCCGAACAGAGGGCCAGGUGCGUGAAGAUUUUCUCCAAGGACCGGUGCGAUUCGAGAUGCAGGCUGGAAUGCUCCUACCACUGCUGCUGCUGCUGCUGUUGCCAGCUGCCCAAGUCUGGGCCAUGCCUGUGGACAGUGGCCUUGACUGGACUCAGUGCCAGCAGCUCUCCCAGCAGCUCUGCACACUGGCCUGGAAUGCACAUUCGCUAGGGGCACAUGUGGACCUACCAAGAGAAGAGGGCGAUGAAGAGACUUCCGGUGAUAUUGUCCCCCGGAUCCAGUGUGAGGAUGGCUGUGACCCCCAAGGACUCAGGGACAACACUCAGUCCUGUCUGCGGAGGAUCCGUCAAGGUCUCAUGUUUUACGAAAAGUUGCUGGGCUCGGACAUUUUCACAGGGGAGCCGGCUCUACUCCCUGAUGGCCCUGUGGGUCAGCUUCAUGCCUCUCUCCUGGGCCUCAGCCAACUCCUUCAGCUCAAGGGUCGCCAUCAGGAGACUCACCUAACCCCAAGCCUCAGUCAGAGCCAACCAUGGCAGCGCCACCUUCUCCGCUUCAAGAUCCUACGCAGCCUACAGGCCUUUCUGGCUGUGGCUGCUCGGGUUUUUGCUCAUGGGGCGGCCACCCUGAGCCCCUAG